AUGAAUUUGGAAAGCUCUGAGCCUUCCCCUAUGGAUAAAGCCGAGCAAAAGAAAGCGGACUUGUCUGUGACGUUCCGAUUUUGCAAGAAAUGCAAAUAUAUUCGCUUAGCCAACGCUAUUGCGCACUUACCCCCCGAACUCCGCCAGCGUGAAAAGGCAAACCGAAGAAAUCGAAUUCUAGAACUACGACGACAAGCAUCCCAGCAAGAGAAUAGUGAGACGCUUAUACCCGAUAUCUCGCACCCUCCCAGUUUGUUUGAGGACGAAGACGACGAAGGCGAGUAUGAAAUAAGCCAAUGGCUCGGUGAGAAGGAGUCGGAAAUGAUGGUCCUCCCUCCCAAACCUGAACGGGCACAUCAUUGCCGAACAUGCAAAGCAUGCGUAUUGAAAUUUGAUCAUCAUUGUCCGUGGAUCAACCAAUGUGUUGGACUAGGUAAUGAACGCUACUUUAUUCUGUUCAUGUGUUGGUUUGCACUAGGAACCUUGAUUUUCACGGCAGCAGGUUGGCGUCUGGCUCUUCUUGCUCUGCGGAAGCCUAAGGCGUGGCCGUCAACGCUCGUACCCCGAGUGGUCUACUUAGCCUUGAUUGCCAAGUCUGCCAUCAUGGGUAUGGCUGUGUUUAUUCUGGCCUGCUGGCACUUGCACCUAGUGAUGCAAGGUGAAACAUCCGUGGAGAACCAAGACAAUGGUAACUACCGCAAGAUGGCCAAAGAGCGAAACGAUACCUUUCAAAACGUGUACGACUUGGGAUCUAUACGUAAUUUGCAAAUCUUUUUCAAUGUUGGCCCUGGUAUGGCAUACCAGUAUUAUACCCUAUUUUUACCUAUUCAUAUUGAGCCGUAUUCUGAUGGGUGGCAUUGGGCGAAGAGAAAGGGCUUUGGUGGUCAUCAUAUGGGUAUAUCACGGGAUGAAGAGUUUACAGAUGAUGAAGGUGACCCAAUCCUACCUGGAUAA